AUAACGCCAUUCAGAGUCGACAUCCCGGCGGCCGAAGUGAAACGUCUGCACCGCAAGCUCCACGAUACUCGCCUUCCUGGACGACCCAUUGUGCCUGACGCGGGAAUCAAGUAUGGGCCAAGCUAUGAGUGGGCGCAAGAUCUUCUCGAAGCCUGGAAACACGACUUUGACUGGACGGCUGCACAGGAUAUGAUGAAUGAAUAUCCGCACUAUCUUGCCCAUAUCGAAGACAUGAGAAUACACUUCCUUCACGCGCCCUCUCAGAAGCCAAACGCUAUUCCUCUGCUGAUGGUGCAUGGUUGGCCCGGUUCGUUCUGGGAGUUCAGUCAAGUUUGGGGACCCCUUUCGAGCCCUGAGGACCCAGAUGGGCAAGCCUUCCACGUUGUUGCACCGAGUCUUCCUGGCUUUUGUUGGUCGGACUGGCCCCCAUGCAGUGGAUGGACACUCCAAGAUACCGCCAGAGUGUUUGACACAUUGAUGAGAAGUCUUGGCUACAAGAAAUACAUGGUGCAAAGUGGUGACUGGGGGCACUUUGUUGGCCGCGAGCUUGGCUCAAAGUACACGGACUCAUGCAAAUUGUUGCACUGCAACUUCUCACCCGGUUCUCUGCCAGAUGAUGUGGAAUACACUGAUCGUGAGAAGGCCGUUGCUUCUCGUGUGGACGAUUGGAUGGAGAACCAUCUUGGAUAUGCCGUUUGCAUGCGAACCCGUCUGACCACCGAUACANNGCCUCACACCAUCGGUCUGGCUCUUCACGACAAUCCGAUGGGCAUUCUCAUGUGGGUUGGCGAAAAGUACAACGAAGCUGCCGACCCUGAGAAGCAGAAACGACCAUUUUGGACUGAAGCUAUCCUUACAACAGCUAGUCUAUACUACUUCACAGGCUGUAUCAUUCCCUCUAUGCUUACCUACUACGAAAACAUACGCCAUGAACAGUUCGCUGCUUUUACCACCUUACCCGAGCAUAAAAUCAAGGUUCCAUACGGAUACACCUCAUUCUUUUGGGAUACCGAGCCUUCGUCCCAACGCGCGGUCGAGCAAACAGGAAACUUGGUGUACUACAAAGAGAGGAAUGAUGGAGGACACUUCGCCGCCCUCGAACAUCCGGAAGGACUUGUGGAAGAUUUGAGAGAAUUUGCGUCUCAACAGUGGUCAAACAUCCGGGAUGAC